AACAAUUCCAGGCUCUGACCUGGGAAGACAAGAACAGGACACUUCUCUCUACUAGACUUCCAGCCGCUGCUUCAGAAAAUAGAAUACUCUGAGACCCUCCCCAUUCCCCGCUUCCAACCAGAGUGAUGAGAAGUUAGAUGGAGAAUGACCCUAAGGGAUCGAUGCCCAGUUUUCUGGAGGAGAAGGGAGUGGUAGGGACUUGCCUCGGGAUGGGGAUACCAUGGCAGGCAGCGCGGACCAGAACCCAGCCUGCCCCCACUCCCCCGGCUCCUCCGGCCCCUUUUCCUUCGCAUCCCGCACCCUGCUCGCGAGGGCAGCGUCCCCAGCACACGCCCCAGCACCACUUUCCUCUGACGUCCGCCUCCCAAGCUCUGACGAUCGCCCCCGCCGGCCGCCCUUAUAAAGGGGACUUUUCCCAAUACUCGAUCGAUUGCCACCUCGCCCCGCGCCGUGCGCCCUCCGCCGGCGCCCACGCCUGUCAACUCUGCGCUUUCCCAGGUUCUUGGAGACGCCGAGUGAGGAGCCGCCCUGACCGACCGGACCCCCUCCGCACUGCACCUCUGACCCACCCCGCACCCUCCCUUUCUGCACCCUCGCACCCACACCCCUCAGUUCCAGGGGGCGGCGGCCCCGGGUGGAGCGCUUUCCCUUGCAGCUACCACUCCAGAAGUCUUAAUGAAGUAGCCAGCUGCAGAAGAAUCAGGAUCAUUAGAUAAAAAUGGCUUUCCAUGUGGAAGGACUGAUAGCUAUCAUCGUGUUCUACCUUCUAAUAUUGCUGGUUGGAAUAUGGGCUGCCUGGAGGACCAAAAACAGUGGCAGUGCAGAAGAGCGCAGCGAAGCCAUCAUAGUUGGUGGCCGAGAUAUUGGUUUGUUGGUUGGUGGAUUUACCAUGACAGCUACCUGGGUCGGAGGAGGGUAUAUCAAUGGCACAGCUGAAGCAGUUUAUGUACCAGAUUAUGGCCUAGCUUGGGCUCAAGCACCAAUUGGAUAUUCUCUUAGUCUGAUUUUAGGUGGUCUGUUCUUUGCAAAACCUAUGCGUUCAAAGGGGUAUGUGACCAUGUUAGACCCGUUUCAGCAAAUCUAUGGAAAACGCAUGGGUGGACUCCUGUUUAUUCCUGCUCUGAUGGGAGAAAUGUUCUGGGCUGCAGCAAUUUUCUCUGCAUUGGGAGCCACCAUCAGCGUGAUCAUCGACGUGGAUGUGCACGCUUCUGUCAUUGUCUCUGCACUGAUUGCCACUCUGUACACCCUGGUGGGUGGGCUCUACUCUGUGGCCUACACCGAUGUCGUUCAGCUCUUUUGCAUUUUUGUAGGGCUGUGGAUCAGCGUCCCCUUUGCACUGUCACAUCCUGCAGUCGCAGACAUUGGGUUUACUGCUGUGCAUGCCAAAUACCAGAAGCCAUGGCUGGGAACUGUUGACUCAUCUGAAGUAUACACUUGGCUUGAUAGUUUCCUGUUGUUGAUGCUGGGUGGGAUCCCAUGGCAAGCAUACUUCCAGAGGGUCCUCUCUUCAUCUUCAGCUACCUAUGCGCAAGUGCUGUCCUUCCUGGCAGCUUUUGGGUGCCUGGUGAUGGCUCUCCCAGCCAUACUCAUUGGAGCCAUUGGAGCAUCAACAGACUGGAACCAGACUGCAUAUGGGCCUCUAGAUCCCAAGACUAACGAAGAGACAGACAUGAUUUUACCAAUUGUUCUGCAGUAUCUCUGCCCUGUGUAUAUUUCUUUCUUUGGUCUUGGUGCAGUGUCUGCUGCUGUUAUGUCAUCAGCAGAUUCAUCCAUCUUGUCAGCAAGUUCAAUGUUUGCACGGAACAUCUACCAGCUUUCCUUCAGACAAAAUGCUUCGGACAAAGAAAUCAUUUGGGUCAUGCGAAUCACAGUGUUUGUGUUUGGAGCAUCUGCAACAGCCAUGGCUCUGCUGACAAAGACUGUGUAUGGGCUCUGGUACCUCAGUUCUGACCUUGUUUACAUCAUCAUCUUCCCCCAGCUGCUCUGUGUACUCUUUGUUAAGGGAACCAACACCUAUGGGGCCGUGGCAGGUUAUGUUUCUGGCCUCUUCCUGAGAAUAACUGGAGGGGAGCCAUACCUGUAUCUUCAGCCCUUGAUCUUCUACCCUGGAUAUUACCUGGAUAACAAUGGCAUAUAUAAUCAGAAAUUUCCAUUUAAAACACUUUCCAUGGUUACUUCAUUCCUAGCCAACAUUUGCAUCUCUUAUCUAGCCAAAUACCUAUUUGAAAGUGGAACCUUGCCACCUAAAUUAGAUGUAUUUGAUGCUGUUGUUGCAAGACACAGUGAAGAAAACAUGGAUAAGACAAUUCUUGUCAAAAACGAAAAUAUUAAAUUAGAUGAACUUGCACCUGUGAAGCCACGACAGAGCAUGACUCUCAGCUCAACUUUCACCAAUAAAGAAGCCUUCCUUGAUGUCGAUUCCAGUCCAGAAGGGUCUGGGACUGAAGAUAAUUUACAAUGACCUCAUCUAAAUAAAAUACUGCUUUUACAAACAAAGCACUAUAAUAGGGUAGUUCUGGAGAGAUGGUUUGCAGAAUACAAAAAUAUACUAUCAAAUAAUGUUCAGGAGGAUAAAAAUUCAUAUUAAGUGCAAUUGCACAAAUACAAGCCAAGCUAGCAGGAAGCUCCUAUGAAAGCAACAACUUUCUUUCUCAUCCAUAUAGAGUUGAGUUUGAUGCUAGAUAGUUUUGCUAGGUAUAAAAAAUAAACAAAGCCCCACUUCAAGAAAAAACAGCCAAGCCAGAGUAUUUAUAUUUAUUGCAAAAAGAGGGAAGUAGAUAAGAAAGAGCCUAAGGAAAAGGAAAUUGGAUAGUUUUGAUACAAACUUUGUUAAUACACUGAUGAAUUCAGUUUAAUUAUAGUAUUGAAGCUAUGAGAAUAAUUUCAGUUACUCCCUUGAAUGGUGUAAUGAAUUAACCAGCUGAUUUUUCUUAGUGUGAUGAUUAAUCCUUUCUUUCAUGUUCUGAGCUAUAAUAUUUGCUGAAUAUGAAGUUUGUUAUUCUUUUAGUAAUGGCAUGUAACAUUCUGAGCAAGGGCAAAGCAAACACAAAAAGUAUUGCAUCCUGGCACUUAUUUAUGUGCAAUGUGGUAGGAAGAUAGAAUCCACCUUUGUAGAGGAGCACUGGGCAGAUUUGUAUGUUUCCAUAGCUACUAUAUGCAUAAACAAGAGUACCUGAAGGAUUAUUAGCUGACAUUAAAGCAAUAAGUUCAUUAAGCAGAAAGUAAUAGGAAGAACAGUACAUUUUUAUCUUCAUCUGAAGCAUAUAAAGUUUUGUCCCAUGAUAAAAUAAGUAAUAUCUAAACUAGUAUAUAAGUUAAUAUUGGAAGUGAAAUUGAGCCUUACGUAAGGAGAGGUAGCUACACAGCAUCAGUAAUGUUUAAUAAGAGGCACCUGAUAAAUUAACAUAUAUUUUAUUGAAUACUAGUUAUGGAAAGCCCCCACAACACCUCCUGAAAGUAGUAAAAAGAGAAAAAACAAACUCUACUAAAUUUUACAUAUUCAUUGAUAGGAAGGAUUUAAUGUUAAGGGAUCUACUCUUUGGCAUUUUUUCAUAUAAGCCAGUCCUAGAGACUAGACAAAUAACUACUACAAAAAAUACAUAGUCAAUUUUAAAAUGCAGAAGAAAGCAGAAAAUAAAAUAAGUCCUAAAGGAAAGAAGCCAUUAAGUAUUUGAUGACUAUAUAACAUUCAUGAGAUUGGUCAUUAAAUAAUGUUUUGCUCCUUUUCUGGUGUGCGUAUAAGUGUGUGGGUGUAAUGGUUUGUGUCCAUUUCAAAUGUUUUCACACCAGUCACACAUUAUAGAAAUAAUUGGAGCCAUGUCUAAAACAGCAGACUGAAGCGAUGAACUGAAAAUUGAUCAGGGAAUCUGAUGCCAUAAAGUCAGUCUGAAUUGUUGAAACUAAAGCAAUUUUUUCAAAAAUAUUUCUUUUUUGCAAAUCAUGAACAAAAUAAACUUAGUGUUCAGUAUUAAGAAUAAAAGUUGUAUCUUGACCCUAGAAUUUCUUUUAUAAGAUUUAACUGUAAUUGUUUCAAAACAUCAAGUAAUACAUCUUUAUCAUUAAACAUGAAUUUAAUGUCUAAGAUCAUUUUUAAAAGAUAAUUUUUAUUUUAAAAUUAUUUUAAAAUUAAAUAAUUUUGCAUGUUAUAUUUUCAGUGCCUUUUCAAAAUCUGGUGGCAAAUAUUACACUGCAUUCAAAAUAUUCACUGAAUACCAUAUAUAUCUAAAUGAAAAGAGAAUUACUUUUACUAAUCUAUUUUCUCAAAAUGUAUUCAGUACACUAUGUAGUACAUGGAAGGAGUGUAUUUUUGGAACCAGUAAGGAUGGGAGUGCAUGAUUCUCAGAUAUUAAUUGAGAAAAGAGAAAUGGGAAGGAAAUUUAUUAAAGAAAAACUGCAGAGAUUAAAACAUUUAACACCUAUAAGUAAUUAAUUGCUGGAGGGAGACCAUGUAUUCCAAAUGCACCAUGCUCCUCAGCAUCCUACCUGAACACUGACUUUUAUCCAUCCUGUCACCCUGAGCAUCUGUCUCAACCUGCUAAGUAAGGCACAGGCUUCCACCAUGUGCAUCAGGAAACACCUCACUCAUACUGUCAUAGAAUGCAACAGGGAGGCAUACUCUCUCUUCAGGUCUCUUUACAUUGUACCAUUCUGUUGGGCAACAAUUGUCCAAUCAGCCACACUUAAGUCCAGUGGGGAAAAAAAGAUUAACAGUAAAAAUGUUUUCCAUUUAAUUCAAUUUCUAACAAUAAACAGAUACAGGGGGCAAAUGUUUGCCCUGUUCAAAAUAUUGAAACUAGAUAACUUAAAUAAUUUCAGCCUAUGAAUAAUACUAUAUUGUUUUGAACCCAUUAUUCCUCACUUACUUUCAAAGUAGAUAUAUAAAAAACUAGUUUUUUAUUAAUCCCCUAAUGUACUAAAUAUUAGCAAGAUGAUUUUUAAGUAUAAAAAAAUUUAAAGAACACAAGAAAGGAAACAAUGAUCACAAGAUCUUCACUUAACAUAUUUGUGCAUAAAUUUCCCCCCAAUUUCCAAGACAGUUAUAUCACAAAGCUGUGAAAUGUGGAAGAGUAAACUUUGUACCCAUCAUUUGCUCUGUUUUGACAUAAUGAGUAAUGCAGACAUUUAUGUAUUCUUCCAGCUUCAGUCAAUAGACUUGAUUUUCAAAAUCUGCCCUCAAAUGAAACUAAAAUGAACAAAACAUUUAGACACUAGCUAUAUUAACCUUGGAAGGCAAUAUAUGUGGAUAAAACAUUAGAAUAAAACAUAUAUUUUAUUUUCAAACUUUUGAUAUGAUUGUUACAUAUUUCUUGGGUAAUUUAAAUACUUCUCUUUCCCACACAUAUUCAAAACAGCAAGCUUGUAGCUGGACUGCAACAUCAACAACAAGUUGUUUCACGCAGUAUCAAAGAACAAAUUCAUUGCUACACUUACAAGUAAUGAAUUUUAUGUGAAUAUGAAAUAAAUAUAAGCUUGAAAUAAGUGAAUCUAAUAUAAUGGCCAUUUCUCUUUUUAUUUGGAAAUAAUGAAUUAACAUUAUAUUUUAAACAUAAAUUAUGAUUUUUUUCUGUUUAAGCCUUCACGUAAAUUUACACUGGUAUGAUGUACAACUCAUUGUAAAUUUGCCACUUGAUAGAUGCAUACAAUAAUUCUAGAACAUAUAUUUUUGUCUGUCAAGGUAUUAUAUAAAAUUAUGCUUAAAAUAAGUAGAUUUACAACUGUGUAAAUGUUUUAAAUGUAAUGGUAAUAUAUUAAAUUGUACUGGUCAAUUUAGGA